AUGCUGUUCCAGUGUGGUAUGUUGCCAAUUGGCCAUCGUUGUCUGAUCGGAACUCGUCAAUUAGCUCGACUCCACACGGACAGUGCCAGGGAGUGGAUCAGAGUGCUUAAUAGCGCUACGCUUUCCCAAAAUGGCCGAAUAAAAUACAGGUUCGACAGGUCUAGUGGGCCAGGAGGACAGAACAUCAAUAAAGUGAACACGAAGUGUACAUUAACGGUGCCUCAAUUUUCCGCGGACAGCUGGUUCCCCACCUUAGUAAGGGAACAGAUUAUGGGUAACUCAGGGGGCCGAAUUUGCAGGUACUAUUCGAGGUUAGGUGACUCCCUUACUGUUCAGUCGGAUGAAACGAGGUCCAGAUCGAGCAACCAGGAACGCUGUCUCGAGAAACUUGUCGAUGAAAUAAAGCAGGUAUGCUGGUUCCCCACAGAGACUCCUGUGGAAACGAGACAGAAAUGGGCGAAGAUUGCAAGGCAAAGGAACCGAAGACGAUUACAAGAGAAACGGAUCCACAGUGACAAGAAAAGGUCGAGGAAGUCAACGUAUUGA